AGGGGCUUAAUCAGUAAAGUUGCCAGACUCUUGUGUGUAUAUAACGUUGGAAAUGAGGCCGCGGCCGUGCUCAGCCCGUCAGUUGUGCUUUCGCACGAUGCUGUCAAUAGGUCAUUUCUACCUCAUCUAAAAAAAAACCCCCUCCCAGCAAUUGACUUUUUUAGAACGAGGAUAUAUCUCUUCUCUUUUUUUCUUUCUUGUCAAAGACAAUAUAAUCCCAGUAGUUGUCCUGAUGAUGAGUCAGUAUUAAUAUUGUACAUACAUAUCUCUCUGUUUAAUAUGAGCUGAGAAUCAAUCGCGAAGAGAGCGCGAGAUUAUGUUUUGAUUGUGAUGCGGGUGAUGCGGCUCCUCCAAAGUGUCAUGUGUUGUAUAAAACGCAAUGACCCUACUGGGUAGAAUGCGCAGUAUGUGCGGGUGUGCGUGACAAGUAUGAAAGAAGAAGUGGGAGGACGACAGGCGCAGGGCGCACGAGUCGCGAAAGAGUAAAACGGAACGUUAAAUGGCAGGCGGUGGAAGCAGGUGGAAGUGAUUUCCAAUAUAAUAAAUGGCUCUUUCCGAGGUGCAAAAUUUGGCCGCGAUCAUCGGAAACAAUGCUCUCACCGUUGGCAAGAUUGAACACGGCAUCAGCAUGUACGGAGCACCAGGCAGCAACUGCACAACGGGUAAUCGCCGCUCAGAAUACAAUCCCUGGAGCUGCGAUCUAUUCGUUGGCAAUUCCAGUAUUAAAGGAAACGUUGAUGACGAAGAAAGUCAAGACUUAAAUAAUUCAAUGGUGAACGAUUUAGUUGCGAAAAUUUUGGACGAUGAUUCGACAGUGGGCGACGACGUCUUUAUGGGUCGUUACGUUAAUCCAUCGUUGCGAUAUUAUUCAGACGCUCAAAUGUCAAAUUUUUCACAAACUUCGCAAAUAAAUAAAAUUAGGCCUGGUGAUGUAAAUCAUUCAAGUAGUAACGACCUAAAUAGACAAACCUAUCAGUAUCAAUCGAAAAGAAUGUCAAACGAUAUUCCAGGUAUUAUAGAGAGUGAACGUGAUAUGGGCAACAUUUGCGGUGGACUGAAUAAUUUAAGUCUGAAUGUAUGUACGGGACUUGAUAAAGGAAAUAUUUUUGCCAAUGGAUUCACAAAUAAUUCACAUCAUUCUGAUAUGCAGCAGCAGCAACAACAGCAACAUCAUCAUCAUCAUCAUCAUCAUCAUCAUCAACAACAACAGCAACAACAACAACAUCAUCAUCAUAAUUUGAUUUCCAGCGAGCAAUCUAGUAGAAAUUAUCCCACUCCGUCCAAUGGACUGUUGACAACGACUAAUGGAAUGGAUUAUGGUUCGAGACCAUCAAAUUGGACAGAAUCUUUCCAAAAUACAGAAUGCCCUAAGGAUUUAUUUGGAAGUUAUCAAGUACAGUCCUGUCCAAAUACAGAUUACAAUUUUAAUGUCGCUCGUAAUUUAACCCUUGAUUCACCGAAAAAUGUCACAUUAAACGAUAUGCAAUUACAUUGUAAUGUGGGACAAAAUAUAUCACAAAAUAUGCAUACAGGCAAUCUCAUGCACAAUGUUCACGAGACAUAUAAUUUGACAACUGCCAAUGGCCAAUCCUAUAGACCAAGUUCAGCAAUGACUGAUCUCAGCGCCGAUUCUGGAUUUCUGUCAAAUUCUCCAUUACAACAUUUUUCGCCUGCCGAUUCAUCAUUACAAAAUUGUUUUCCAAAUAAUUUUUCCCGCAAUAAUUAUGAGGAUUAUAAAGAUUUACACGAUGUAAAUGUUAAUAUCGGAAAUGUAACAUCCAGCAAUGAACAACAACAACAGCAGCAGCAACAACUCUAUUUUAAUCAAUCACACGCCUAUAAUAAACAAGAGCGAUUACCCGAGCAAAAUUAUAAACGUUUCUUGAAUCGUUAUCCAGUUGCUACUAAUGAUUACACAAUGAUGUCAGCGACAAAUGAUAUUAAUAGCUACGAUACAAUGUCCAUCAAUCAGGAUCAGAGGAUCGAUAACAAUCUUCUCAAGAUGCUCAGUCCAAAGACAACAAAAUCCAGGGAAAAAGUUGUCUACUCACCAAUUAAUUUACCACGAACUAUCACCGCUCGUAAUGCAACAUUGGAACAAUCAACAAAAUACAAUUAUCAACAAGCAUCGAAUGGUUAUCAACGAUUCAUUGGCAACAACAGCAGUAAUAGUAGCAACAAUACUUUGAAAACUGUUUCACAAUGUUCAAAUUCAAUGGGUUAUCCAAAUGGUUUAAAACGUGCUGGCACACCAUCUGUACCGUAUAAAAUGAAAGGAUUUGAUCUUACUAAUGGAAUUCCAUUUUCUGCAAAUCAUCUUACACAACAAUUACAAAAUACCACCGCUAUUGAUAAUAAUGUACUCAAUCGUAUUGCCAAACAACGUCAACAACGUGCAAAGGGAAUGUCAACGGUACCAUCGGCCGAUGUUCUAUUCAAAGGUUUAAUGCAAAGUGCAACUGGAACGGCAUUAUUUCCUUCGGUGAUGCCAAUGCCACUUCCAAUACCCGUUCCACCACAUCAUCCAAUGUCAGUUUUGUUUGAUAAUUUAGGAAUGCGAAAUGGAAAUGCAUCAAUAAAACGUACGGGACCAUCAAAAAUAUUGCAUUUGAGAUUGGAGCAAACUUAUGAGCAAUUCAAACAAUUGGAGAAGGAACGCAAAAAAUGUGAAGCUGGUCUUGCUGCUCAUUUUCCAGGGAAAAAAGUAACAAGUGCUAAUAAUAUACCAACACCACGUCUACAGGGAAGUCCAUCAAGGGUCGAUCGCUUAAUUGUUGACCAUAUGCGAGAACAUGCGCGUGUCAUUACACUUAUUGCCAAAAUGGAACGUUUACGAGGAGCCUCAAUGCAUCAGAGAAUUCACAAAGCUAUGGAACAGUGGUUGGAGACAAUCAAAAUAGUACAAGAAUGUCGAAGGCAAGAAAUCACCAAUGCUGCAAAACGCCAAAAGGAUAUGCCGUGUAUGGCGUUACACGAUGAUAGAGAGAUUUUAGCCCUGGCGCAGAGUAUUCGCAACCUGACAAAGGCAUCACGCUACGCGAGAACUGGUAUGUAUAACGCUAUGCAAGCUACACUCCUUUGUGAUAUGGAGAUUGAAAAAAAAAUUGUUGACACUUCGAAAGACGCGAUUGUCACACUUAAACCAAGUGGUGAACAAACAUCAUCACCAUCAUCAUCGUCGUCAUCGUCGUCGUCCGUUGAUGCUAUCACAGAGUCAACAGAUCGCACUUAGCAAAUUCGCGAAAUUAUUGCAAAUCAAGGACAUUAUGAUUCUUGAUUUCUCGCAUUUUUAUUAAGAAUCAUGACGUUUCCUUUCAUUUAAUUUAUCCCUUUUGAAGAUUUUUAAUUAAUUUUAACUCUCGAUCAGCAAUCAACUUUUGACACCUAUAUAUAUAUAUAUACAAUUUUCGCUUUUCAACUAUAUAUAUAUAUAUAUAAUAACAUUCUAAUGUUGCACAAAGUGUAUUUCCCUCUUGAUCGAUGAGAGCGUUGAAAAUGACAAAAAAGAAAUGGUUUAUUCGUUUUCCAUUUUUUCGUAAAACGCGCAUUGAUUUUUAAUAAAUCAAUUGUGCAAUCAGCAUUUUAUAGAAAAUCAAUUAAUGAUUUUUCUAUCAAUGUCCGAGACUUCCAGGAUGGAACUGAAUACUUAGAGACUUUCUUCCACAUCUUUAAUCGCCUUUUAAAGACCAGCCGAGUGGAAGGGGCAAAAAUUAAUAAUAUUAAUAUUAAUAAUAAUUUUUAUCAAAAUAUGAUAAUCACAAAACUACACGACCAUCGUCCUCGCUCACUCGAUCCCGUCGCAUCCCGUUCUUCAGCAACUCCGACUUUUUUGCUUAGAUAGAGAUUACGGGUCGAGAGAUCUAGACUAAAAAUUUUACGAGUGUGUUAGUUGAGAAUGCUAGAUAACAAUUUUUCUUAGAAUAGUUCAAUGUGGCCUUCCUUAAGUGUGUGACCCAAAUGUGUGUCAAGUAGCCCAAAUGCAAAAAAGAUUUCUUGAUGAAAUUCAAGAAAAUUGGACUUUAAAAAAAAAGCAGGUCCGAAGUGUGAAUCAAGUUUGAAAAUAAAACAAAAAUGAAAGAGAAAAAACUUGAUUUGAAAAAACAAGUUUGAUUCUUCUCUGCCUGCAAAAAUAAUAACGUCUAAAAUAGAAUCAUGAUGUGAACGUCAAAAAAAAAAAAAAAAAAAAAAAAAAAAAAAAAAAAUUCAAUAUCGAUGUUACGAAGCAAUACUGUCCAUUGUACUGUGUACUAUAAUAGAUAUGUUCACACAAUAACAAAAAACAAUAUUCAUCCGCGCAAUACUUCUUUACAUACAUAUACAAACUUUGCAGACAAAAUACACAAAAAUUGAAAACUUACAAGAAGCUAUUUAAAACAAAAGGCAUACACUCGCAGCAUAAAUAAAAUAAUAAUAAUAAUAAUAAUAAUAAUAAUAGUUUCAGGUUAAUAGGAGCGUGAAAGUUUUACUACAAUAAUACUUAUAUUAAUAUAUAUCUCGACUGUAUAACUUGCAAAGGUAAAAAAAAAAGUUUUAAGUCCUAAACUUAAUGCAGUAAUAUUAUUGUACUGCUAUAUAUUAAUAACUACAAAAAUAAUAAUAAUAAUAACAAUUAAAACUAGUUCCGUAUGGCUGAAUUGUUUAGCAUUUUUUCCUAGUCGUCACUAGCACGGCGUGUUUGAUAUGAAGAGAUUUUCGCUUAGAAUUUUUGUACCAGGAUUUUCGAUCCGAGCCGAGUGAACCUUCUUAACGUAUAUUAUAGUUCUUUGAUACAUUUCGUCCGUGAACGUUAAAUAACUCUUCCGAGGAAAAAAAAAAAAAAAAGAAAAUGAAAAAACCUGCCGGCUUUCCUUACAACGAGUUUUCAUGAUUGGGACCCCAUUUUUGCGAUUCUCUAUCGCUAAUUACGAUUACAUAUAAUCGAUAACUUUGCUUUGUCAACUCGUUUCUGAUUAAAAAAAAAAAAAAUUCAUAUAGAACGUCGGACGAAUUCGCUUUUAAAGCUGCACAUUGCUCACGCACUACGCGCAUACACUUUGUUCUAAAAAAAAAGAGAAAAAAAGUAACAGUAUCGGUUAUUCAGCAAAUUUUCAAAAAAAAAAUUUUUUAUUUCUUUCAAUUGGCUAAGUUUUUUUUUAUGUUUACUGUCAAAUGUCUUUUAUUAUGAUUUAUUAAUUAAAUUUGUCAAAAGUUUAUUGCUUUUUCUUAGCAAAGAAUAAUUUCUUAAUUAUAUUUAACAAGGAAUUGUAAUAAAUAGUUCUGAAACUAGUAGAUUCUAUUUUAAACUUGAAAAUUAUUGAUUAAAUUAUUUUCUUUUUAAUUUUCAUUUUUUACUGUAAGUUUAAUAAUUAAUUUACUAUUAUGUUUAAUAUUUAUGUUUAAUUUAAUAUACGUAAAGAAAAUUCUAAAGGCCUAAAUUUACAAUGAAAUUUUAAAUUUGUAAUUUUUCAUUACAUUAAUAAUUAUUAUUAAUUUAUUAAUAAUAAUUGAAUGUCAAAUAGUUUAUUAAUUGUACUAUAGUUAUGAGCUAUGGAAAUUGU